AAACGACGUCGUUUAACGCGUAACAAAACAAGGCUUGGAGAAAGAAACCGCCAUCGCCGUACUAUGCUUAGGUUUCAAAGCAAUUUCGCGCGGGAGAUAAUACUCUUCUACAAUGGCCGAUCAUGAUCUCGAGUUGGAGAAAGCUCGAUUGUUAAGCUUGGCACUCGAAUUCGGUUUCGAUCAAGAUUCCGCAAAAAAGUGCUUGGAUCGUCUGGUCCAGCUUUACGGUGAGGAUGGCCGAGAUUUUAUCACUGUGGAGUACUGUGGGGAUGAUUUUCUUGUGUCGCUCGCUGAAUCCAUGGAGGAUAGCGAGGAAUGGGAUAAUGUGCAGGAUGCUGGAUUUGAAACUACUGCAGCUAUGGAAAAUUUGUUUGAGGAACAAGUUGUCAAUAACAGCAAAAAUGAUAAUGUCAUUGAUGAGUCGCCUUUAACUCAGAAAAACCAAAAAUUUGUGGAUUUGGGUUCUUCGAGUGAUAGUGACUCAAAUUUGAGAAUAAGGAAAAGAAAAGGUGUUGAGAAUAAUCCCUAUCCUCGUUCUGAUUUGCGUAGUUUUGGCUUUGGUCAAAGUUCAGGGCAAUGUUCUUCUGGGUCUUUGGACUGUAAGAGCGGCUUAACAAGAGGCUCAGUUUCAACAGUACAUAAUGAAGAACAGGGUCUCAGGACUUCCAAAAAUGACACUGAGAUUCUCAGUUAUGAAUCAUUACAGGCUUUGGAUGACCUUGAAUUGGCAAAUGUUGUGAUUUUUGGUAACAAGUCAUUUCGCCCUUUGCAGCAUCAGGCUUGUAGAGCGGUUAUGGAAAACCGAGACUGCUUCAUUCUUAUGCCUACUGGAGGUGGUAAAAGUUUAUGUUACCAGCUUCCAGCAACACUAAAAGAAGGUGUAACCAUUGUCAUAUCUCCAUUGCUUUCCCUCAUUCAGGAUCAAAUAGGUGCACUGAUCCACAAGUUUGGUAUUCCUGCGACAUUUUUAAAUUCUCAACAAUCUGCCUCCCAAGCAGCCAUAGUCCUCCAAGAGCUAAGGCAAGAUAAACCAUCAUUCAAACUGUUGUACGUGACACCUGAGAGAAUUGCUGGUAACCAAACUUUUUUUGAGGACCUUAAAUGCCUCCAUCGAAAGGGACAAUUAGCAGGGUUUGUUGUUGAUGAGGCUCACUGUGUGAGCCAAUGGGGACAUGACUUUCGUCCAGAUUACAGAGAACUGGGUUGUCUUAAGCAGAAUUUCCCUCAAGUUCCUGUGAUGGCUUUAACUGCCACCGCAACUGAUCCAGUUCGGAAGGACAUAUUACAAGCUUUAAGAAUCCCCCAUGCACUUGUCCUUAAAAGAAGUUUUGAUAGACCUAACUUGAAAUACGAAGUAGUUGGUAAGACUAAAGAACCACUGAAGCAGCUUAAACAGCUACUGAUAGAUCGUUUCAAGAAUCAGUGUGGAAUAAUAUACUGUCUUUCAAGAAGUGAAUGUGUGGACGUUUCAAAAUUCUUGAAUGAGAAAUGCAACAUUAAGACGGUCUAUUACCAUGCCGGUAUGAGCCCUUCUCAGAGAGUUUCUGCCCAAAAGAAGUGGUAUCAAGGAGAGGCACAUGUUGCGUGUGCCACUAUUGCUUUUGGUAUGGGAAUAGACAAACCAGAUGUUCGAUUUGUCAUCCACAAUACAAUGUCAAAAGCAAUAGAAAGCUAUUAUCAAGAAUCUGGAAGAGCUGGAAGAGAUGAUCUCUCAGCAGUAUGCAUUCUCCUUUAUCAGAAAAAAGAUUUUAGCCGAGUUGUAUGUAUGUUGCGUAACGGGCAAGGAUACAAGAAAGAUAGCUUCAAGAGAGCAAUGAGUCAAGCUCAGACAAUGAAAGAGUACUGUGAACUUAAGGACCAAUGCCGAAGACAAACAUUAUUGAAACACUUUGGAGAGUCUUUUAAUGAAAAGAAUUGCAGGAAUGGAUCUAAUCCUUGUGAUAAUUGUCUCAAGAAUUCUUCUUCUUCUUCUUGAGGCAUAUGCACGUGAAAUCAAAAUUAUUUGUGUAAAGAAGAGGUAUGUAUGCAAAUGCAAUGAUUCAUUAGUAGCUAUAGCUAGCUAGCUAGCCUUGUCCUUGUCCUUGUCCUUGUCCUUUUAAGUAUAUGUCUCGUUAAUUUUUGGCCCCAGUACAGGAGAGAAGGACAUUAUAUAGGGACUUUCUUCUUUCCAAAGGCUCCAAAGCUUUCUUGUCUAGUUGUCUGUUUUAGAAGAAUGUGGAUGCUUUUGUAAUUUCACACUUUCAAGUGUUCAUUGCAUUUUAGACAUUUGCAUGAUAUUAUUGAAUAAUAUUUAAUAUCAAAA